UAUCCAAAUAGAGAAAUCCCCAACAAAUUUAGCAAUAUUUAACGGCAUUAUCUUUCUUUACAGAACAACAAAAACACCGUACCAUGAAUUCAACACUACUUCCUCCUUCUUCUUCUCCUCUCUUUCUCGACAACCACGAUCUUCAUCGCAACCGAACCUAUUCAACCAAACUCGCUUCUUCCAUUCUUUGUUCUUCCUCUAAAAACAACUCUUUCAUCCCUAAACUUCAACCUUUUACCCGAACCAAGUUUGAAAGACUCGCUAAAGACCCUCCUUUGAUUCAAAAAUCUGAGAAAGAACUCUCUGAUUAUUGUUCAACACUUGAGGGUGAUGAAUCUUAUAGUUGCUGGCAGGCUUAUUUUGAGCUGAAAGAUCUUGAAAAGGAGUCACCAAAAGCAGAGAUAGAGAGGCUAAUUCUUGAGAUUGGUGGAGUAAAAUCCUUAAUAGGAUGUUUGCAUGGAAUUGCACUAAUGCACAAAUUGAAGAAGAAUGAUUUCAAUUUAACCAAAGAAAUAAAAUCAGAGGAAGAACAUAAACUUUGUCCUAGACCAGAUGGAUUGCCAAAAUCUGCUGAUGAGAUGAAGGAAGAGGAGCAAGCAAAAAUGCCUGAUUCAUCAUAUACCAGACUUCUUAGAACCAUGGGAAGGUCCCCUGCAUGGUAUUCUGAAGUACCAGAUCAUGAAACAGAUUGAUGAUUAGUAACCUUUUCCUUACUUAUUCCUUUUUUUUAUAGAGAAGGAUUAAUGGUGUGAAUGUUUUAGUAAGUAGGCUGGCGGCUAUACAUUCCAUAUGAAUGGAAUGCAUGUAAAUUUUUAUUUAUUUUGGUGACUGCCUUUCAUAAUUCCCAUCUUGUGUAAUUUCAGUGAGUAUAGGAUCUGAUCGAAAUGGAUGUAAAUUGUGGUUUUUUUAAAUAUAUCGCGUAAUUUUAUUUUUUUUUGCAA